CGCGUCUCCAUACGUCGCUGCGCUCUCCGGGCGGAAAAGGGCCCGAGUGGAUUUGCGUUGUUUACCCUGUUGUCGCUGCCGCCUGGCCGUGUGCCAUGUUUUUGCCUAUAGCUAACCAUGGCUGAAGCCCAGGCGAUGCUUUUUCCUUUUUUAUUUUUUGUGUGUAGCCGGGGAGCUGACAGGCUGAGUGGACAGCCGGCGAAUAAAGCGCCCGAUCUGCCACCCAGGAGCUCCAGGAUGGGCGAUGUUAAGUGCCUUUAAAGGUGAUUAAGGAUGUGAUUUCUCUACAUUUCCACGGAAACGUUGGGCUAAAGUUCAAGAGCUGUUUGGUUUGGGAACGUCACCCAGAGGAAGCCUGGCCGGAAGUCGGCUUGGAUCUCUGAGGCUUUUUCUUUCUUUUUCUUUUUUUUUUGUUCCUGCGCUCAUAGAUGCAAACCUCUGCAGCCGAUGACCUCAUGCGAAGCUUGUCCUGAGUUGUGAGUCAGAAGAGAAGAGGCUGGGCUGAUGGCUAAAGUUUGCAGAAAGGAUCAAAAGGAUCUCAUCAUGCAAAGGUAUCAGUCAGGAGAAGGGCUUAAAAAAGGUCAACAGCUUUAUAUGUGUUUACAUAGGCUGACGGCAACAUGAAUGGAUCUGAAUGACUUUCUGGCACGUACUUGAAGUGUUCUGUAUAUGACGACCAUCUUCUUUAUUCUCCAGAUGUCUGGACUAAGUAUUAGAGAUACAAGAUGGAAGACUUUCCCUCCCCAGGAAGAACGUCCAGCCCUGACUAAAAAUAUCCAAAAAGCUUGUUUGGGAACGUGUUGUGGUCUGAUAAAACCACAGCUGAACCUUUUGGGCCACAAUUCCUAAAGGGAGGGGCUUCGCUUUUCAGCAUCACCUUGAGUGUAAUCGCACAUCCAAAUUAAUAAAAGGAUGACUCAAAGGGAAGCGAAUUAAAACGUUUUGGCUUGGCCUAGCCAGCUGCGGACAAGAGGUGUCCUCCCAGUCUGACAGGCUGGUGCACAUUGAUGGUAAUUUUUUUUAAAUUUCAGGUCAGCAAAUAUUGUUAAAGUUUGGCUUUACUGAUGCUCCAAACCACCAGCCUCUGUAUUUCUCGCUCUGACAGACCAGUUUGACUUUUGACUUAUAAGUUCAGCAUGUAUGUGACAUUAAAGGUGUAGAAGGUUCUGAAAUGAUUCAUUAAGGUUUAUUUCCCAUCCCAUAAUCCUGACAUUUUAACAAGGCCGUGUGCUUCUCUUAGCUCCAUCGCAUUGAAUUGUCUCCAUUUUUAUUCUGAGAUCAUAAAAACUAAUGAUGGUCAAAAUUCUACAGGCAUAACAUGUUAAACGGAAGUGCAGAAAAGUGCCAACCCAGUUUUUAUUGCUUGUUUUUUUUUUUCUUCACAUUGUGCUUCUGCUUUUUUUUAUAUUAUGUUCCUCACAGCUGCCUUUUUAUUUUCCCCUUUUUUUUUUUUGUGGUAGACAAGCAUGACAUUGAGCCAGGCCACAGAUGCAUGCCCCACUCUAGAGCACCAGCUGAGCGGCAUCCCCUCUGCUUCCCGGCUUUCACCCGGCCUCUCAGAGGGGGGUGUGGACGGGGCGUAGCUAGUCUCCUGCAAACCCCCGCGUAGAGGCUCGCUGUGAAACUGGAGGGGUCCGAUGGAUCAGGGUAGUAGCGAGCAGAGUCCAGAGGAGCCGGACGCGGGAGGCCGGGCGGAGCCGGAGGUCGGCCGGAGGGCGUCGGAGUCGGAGCACGGCUUGUCCAAAAUCACCCAUAAUGCCCUGGAGAACAUGGGAGCGUUGGGGCAUGGCCUCAAGCAGUUGUUCCAGCCGCAGCGCCGACGCUCCUCCGUUUCCCCGCACGACUCUGCCUCGGCCUGCGCCAGCGCCGCCCCUCCCUUCGAGCCUGCCGACGUAGGGUCAGAAGUAGGGGACGCUCCUGGCCCCUCGGCCCCCUCCUCGGAUUCUGACAAUCCUGCCGCUUCCGCCCCUCCCGCAGCUCUGAGCCGGGUUCUGCAGCAGAUCCGAGGUCCGCCCAUCAUGAAGCGAGGCACCAGCCUGCAGAGCCGCCGCAGCAAGGCGGGGGGCUCCGGGGAGGCGCCUCAGAAAGGGAGCCCGCAGAUCCAUCGGCGGAGCACCCACGAGGCCCUGCUGCAGGCUGGCCGCCCGCGUUCCUCCUCGACCACGGACACCCCCAGCUGCCCGGCCCUGGUGGACGUGCUGCUGACCUCUGGGUACCACUCUACAGAAGAACCGGACAAGCUGGAUCGGUACGAUGGCUCAGGGCCUGCUCUGUCACCCAGCGCCCUGCCCUACGGUGCCGAGGGCUACGACGUGGUGGACAGUACGCCGGACCCCCAGCGCACCAAGCAGGCCAUUGCCCAGCUGCAGCAGAAGAUCCUGAAGCUGACAGAACAAAUCAAGAUCGAACAAACCGCCCGGGACGACAACGUGGCCGAGUACCUGAAGCUGGCCAACAACGCGGACAAGCAGCAGAGUGCGCGCAUCAAACAGGUGUUUGAGAAGAAGAACCAAAAGUCUGCUCAGACCAUCCAGCAGCUACAGAGGAAGCUCGAGCACUACCACCGCAAACUCAGAGAGGUGGAGCACAACGGCAUCCCUCGCCAGCCCAAAGAUGUUUUCCGAGACAUGCACCAGGGUCUGAAAGGUGUUGGAGCCAAGGUAACAGGCGGGCUGUCCAGCUUCUCCCAGGCCACUCACUCUGCAGCCGGAGCCGUGGUGUCCAAGCCUCGAGAAAUCGCGUCCCUCAUCCGGAACAAGUUUGGGAGUGCCGACAACAUCGCCGCCCUGAAGGACUCGCUGGAGGAAGCUCAAGGGGAGGAGGGAGGCUGUCCGGGGGCGUCGCGGCCCCUCGGGACGGGGCAGCUGCAGUCCAGUCCCAGAUACGGCAGCGAGGACGACUGCUCCAGCGCCACUUCGGGGUCCGCCGGAGCCAACAGCACCCCCGGGGCCCCAGGCGGCCCCCCUAGCUCCAGGGGCAAUACGCUGGAGAAUGCACAGGGCUCGGGAUUCGAUGCUUUAUUCCAUGAGGUCCUCGAGCUCCGGGAAAGCCAGGGUCGACUCGAGGAGUCCUUUGAAAAUUUGAAAUCCCACUAUCAGCGGGAUUACACCAUGAUCUUGGAGGCCCUGCAGGAAGAACGAUACAGGUGUGAGCGGUUAGAAGAACAACUCAACGACUUGACAGAGCUGCACCAGAACGAAAUCCUGAACCUCAAACAGGAACUGGCCAGCAUGGAGGAGAAGAUCGCCUACCAGUCGUACGAAAGGGCGCGCGACAUACAGGAAGCGCUGGAGGCUUGCCAGACGCGCAUCUCCAAGAUGGAGCUCCAGCAGCAGCAGCAGCAGGUGGUGCAGCUGGAGGGGCUGGAGAACGCCACGGCGCGGACCCUCCUCGGCAAGCUGAUCAAUAUACUGCUGGCCGUCAUGGCGGUCCUCCUGGUGUUCGUGUCCACCGUGGCCAACUGCGUCGUCCCCCUGAUGAAAACGCGCAGCCGCACGCUCUCCACGCUGCUCCUCGUCGUCCUGCUGGCCUUCCUGUGGCGCCACUGGGAGGCCAUUUCUGAGUAUCUCCAUCAGUUCCUGCUGAACCCCAGAUGACCUGCUGGGAGAAACCAAUAAAAAGGGGGGACUGGUCAGCGGUUAAAGGGGAAGACGUACCAACAGAAGCUCGUGUCUUAUCGUCCAGUUCUUGAUCUUACUUUCUCUCGCAAAACACUCAGGAGUGUAACCGAAGUUUGUCACUUUACCACUUUGUGAACUUUGUACCCGGGUCGAUUUUUUUAAAAUCAAAGGAAGGGGAGACGGAAAAAAGCCCCGGGAGUCUGGGCUGGACGUUCUGUCGAAGGGUGCAAUGGUGGCACGAGCACACGCUGCAGGAGCGGACGGAGCCGUAUUUGAAGGAGGGGCGGAGAGAACUGCACACUGGAUAUCUCUCUUCUGAGUGAAUUUGUUUACAAGUGGAAAACCUGGCAUUGUUUUUCACCCUAGUUUUUAACCUGUAGUUUAUUCAAAUGGUAUUGUUUGUUUCGAAGUCACUGCUAUUUUUAAUACAGCUUGAUGGGUCCUCUUUUUAACUGUAAUGAGCUGACAGUGUUCUGUGGUUUAAUUUCUAUUUUUGAUCUUGUGAUUAUGUUUUUUUUUUUCUCUUUUCUUUUGCAUCACCACCCCUUUCUCAUCAGCAUUGCAUAUGAGCUUAUGUAACCAAGUCCUCCUUCCAGAUCACUUUAGAUCGGGUGCCUGCAAAUCUGCAUCAGUGCUCUGAGAUCACAUUUGUUACUGAAUCAAAUAGCUGCGGGUUGUUGAAUUGUUUCCUUUGGCUGCGUGGAGUCGAUCACACUGGUUAUACCACAAACAGCUGGGAGCUACUAUCAGGAGACGUGACCCACUCCUCCUCCUGCGACUGGACACCACACUUUUUCCCCCCCGGUGACUCUUUCACUGCAGAAAGAAUAAUCUAUGAACUGAUUUAACAUACUUGAAGAGCGGCUGAACCGCUCAAAGACUUUAGUGCUUCCGUACUGUUUCUAUUAGUGUCGACGAAAUAGUAACACGUUUGAGUUGAUUUCUGUUUUUUGUUUUUAUUUUUAUUUUUAAACAAUAAAUACAUUUGCUGUUUUAAAAGCUUCUAUUGACUGCAGGCAAACAACUUGUAUUUGUCUGCAUUUGUCAAAAACUCAAUCGCGCAAUACAGUACCAAAAGAAAAGCU